AUCUCUUAUAUAUUAUAUAGUCACUGUAAACUAUCAUCCCCUAUUGAAUUACGGUGUCACGAGACGUGGCUAAAAUACGUCAUUAAAGGAAUUGCUUAGAGCGAGCGUGUUCGCGAUGGCGCUUUCAGGAGUUGAAGUCGCUAAGCACGCCAGUAAGGAGUCUUGCUGGGUGGUAAUUCAUGGGAAAGCCUACGAUGUCACGGAAUUCUUACCUGAACAUCCUGGUGGAAUGGGCAUUAUCUUGAAGUAUGCGGGCAAAGAUGCGACUGAAGAAUUCGAGCCUAUACAUCCCCCGGAUACCUUGGACAAGUACCUGGACAAAUCGAAGCAUUUAGGACCUGUUGAUCUGAAAACUGUUGCCAAGAUCAAGGAAGAAGAGGAUCCUGAGGAAGCUGAGCGGCAACAGCGUAUUGCGGAUAAGCCGCUAUUAUCACAAUGCUACAAUCUGAUGGACUUCGAAUCAGUUGCUAAGAGGGUUAUGAAGAGAGGUGCUUGGGGAUACUACUCCAGUGCCGCCGAUGACGAGAUAACGCUCCGAGAAAACCACGAGGCCUUCCACAGGAUAUGGUUCAGGCCCAGGAUUCUAGUUGACGUCAAGAAAGUAGAUUUCUCAACCACUAUGCUCGGCGCCAAAGUCGACAUUCCCUUCUACGUCACGGCAACAGCGCUGGGCAAGCUCGGACACCCAGAGGGCGAAGUAAUAUUAACCCGAGCCGCCAAGAAGCACAACGUCGUGCAGAUGAUCCCCACGUUGGCCUCGUGCUCGUUCGACGAGAUCGUAGAUGCGGCCGAAGGAGACCAGGUGCAGUGGCUGCAGCUGUACGUCAACUCGGACCGGGCGAUUACCGAGCGCAUCGUCCGACACGCCGAGAAGCGCGGGUGCAAAGGGCUGUUUAUUACGGUCGAUGCGCCGCAGUUGGGCAGGAGGGAAAAGGAUAUGCGGUCCAAGUUCACGGAUAAAGGGUCUAACGUCCAGUCCGGCCAGGAGACGGACAACUCGCAGGGUGCGGCGCGCGCUAUUUCGUCGUUCAUCGACCCUGGGCUCUCGUGGAAGGAUAUCCCGUGGUUCCAGUCUAUUACCAAGAUGCCCAUCGUGCUGAAAGGUGUGCAGCGCGUCGAAGACGUCGUCAAGGCCAUCGAGUACGGGGUCCAAGGAGUCGUGCUGUCGAACCACGGUGGGCGACAGCUGGAUUUCGCGCGGUCCGGCGUCGAGGUCCUGGCGGAGACGGUGCCGGUGCUGCGGGAACUAGGUCUAGAGGGCCGCAUUGAGAUUUUCGUGGACGGAGGUGUUCGCCGCGCUACAGACAUUAUCAAGGCGCUGUGCCUGGGCGCCAAGGGCGUGGGUAUCGGUCGCCCGUUCCUCUACGCCAUGUCGGCGUACGGCAUCGACGGCGUUGACCGAGCGAUGCAGCUCCUCCGCGACGAGAUGGAGAUGGCGAUGCGGCUGAUCGGGUGCACCAGCGUCGACCAGCUGAAUACGUCGCUCGUCGAUACGCGAAACCUCGGUAGCCAUGUUACGGGCGUUCCGCGAGACCACCUCGGCCAUAAGGUGUAUGACCCGCUUGUUACACCGGCGUUUAAGCCGCCUAAGUCGUCCAAGCUGUGACUUGGGGGCGUGUCUUAUUUCCUUGAAACGUUGAUGAUGUUCGUAUUUAUCUAGGACGUACUUACGUAGCAUUUGUUUCCUGUCGUGUGGAUUUUUGGAUAUACCAGCUUGGCUUGUAUGAGGGUUCAGAUUGAUUGUAUAUAGGUACAUGUAUGCUUGUGGCAAGACCGCUGUGAAUUAAAUUUGUUAUUUAGCCCCUUUUCUGGUCAUGGCCAAUGGGUCUUAUUUUUCAACCUAUACUAUACCACUACCCUAUCUAAGCUAACCUCGCCCUUUUCAUCUUGGAUAUUUCACCCUUGAAUCGUGGCUGUCACAAUUUGUCUUGGAGAUACUAAUUUGGGAACUCGUGAGUGACGGGUUACACGGUUUCGUACUAAGUGUUAUUAUCCUCACUUCUGCGUAUUCCGCCUUUCCUUUUCUUAUGUUAAUUUUUGGGGGAAAGGAGGUUUAUAGUUAUCCGUAUGGAUCUGAACAAUAAAGCUCUUAUCCCGC